CUUUAGUUGCUCAGUUCCUUGUGAACUAUUGCUUUGCUUUGCUUUGCAUAAGCAACUUGCAUUGAGGAAUCAUUGCUCGUGCUCGUAGAGUCAUCCCUUUGCACUCAACACGCCCUCACAGAUAUUACACAAGAAGAAACACUCCCAGACUCAUGGAGCUUCCCAGUGCUGAUAUGCUGGAACUGAAGGAGAAAAUGAACGAACUGAUCAAUAUAAUGCAAGGUUUUGCCAUUGGUCAGAAAGCGCUGGCGGAUAAAGUUGAGAAACUCGAGCGGGUUUCUGCUCAGAACAGUGGGGUCAACCUGGAUGGAGUCUCCAACCAGGGGCAGGGAUCUCGUGAUGGUGGAAAGAGGACAACAGUUGGUCUGGUGAAUAAUGCUGGUGCUGCUGGUCAACCUGGGCCUAGUCAGAAUAUGAAAGACAACUUUGUGCCUUCAUUCUAUGGGUUUGAUGAGGAUCAGGAGGAAGACAGGGAGGCCGACCAAUUCUCCAUGCAGAAUGAACCUUUCGUGCCUUACAACGCUCCGCCUCAGAACAAGGAUAUUCAGCUGCUGGCCGAGAAGAUCAAGGUAUUGGAAAGCCAUGCUACUCCGGGGUUUGUCAACAUGUCCAACAUGGGGCUAGUGGAGGGGAUCGUGAUCCCGCAAAAAUUCAAGGCGCCCGCAUUUGACAAAUACAAUGGGAGUUCCUGCCCGGAAACCCACCUUCAAGCUUUCGUUCGCAAGAUCUCUGCAUACACGACUGAUCAGAAGCUAUGGAUGUACUUCUUCCAAGACAGUCUGUCUGGAGGAUCCUUGGAGUGGUACACCAAGCUUAAGUCGUCCGAUAUCAAGAGCUGGCAGGAUCUGGGAGAUGCAUUCUUUAAACAGUAUCAGUUCAAUGCUGACAUGGCUCCUAGUCGUACCCAGCUGCAGGGUAUGUCUCAGAAGUCAACUGAGGGGUUUAAAGAAUAUGCUCAACGGUGGAGGGAGUUGGCUGCCAGAGUUCAACCUCCUUUGGUGGAUCGGGAGAUGUCUGAUCUCUUUAUGGGUACUUUGCAAGGGGUCUUUGCCGAGAGAAUGGUGGGUUGUCCCGUCACCAACUUUGCUGAUAUUGUGGUGGCGGGUGAGCGAAUUGAAAGUUGGCUGAAAAUGGGGAAGAUCCAGGGUGGUAAUGCUUCGUCAUCGGGAUCAAAGAAACCAUUCGGGAACGGUCAGCGCAAGAAUGAGGGUGACUCGAGUGCUGUGUAUGAGCAAAGAGGAUAUAGUGGGGGUCGUUAUUAUCAGCGUGCUGCUGCGGUAAACAUCCCUGCUGGUAAUCAGUCAGCCAGACAGCAACGUCAGCCACCGCAAUCGAGAGCCGGGUACCAGGUGAAAGGGAAAGGAGUUGAUCGUCACUUCGACAGGCCGCCCGUGUCAUAUGCCGUGCUGUUCAAAAAGUUGAGGGAUUUGGGGUUGGUCCAGCCGAGGGCGAUGGUUCCGAUAAGAACAGAUCAGUGGCCUCCUGAUUACGAUGAGAAUGCCAAGUGUGAAUUUCAUUCUGGUACGCAGGGGCAUAACAUUGAGGGUUGUAGAGCAUUCAAGAAUGUCGUCCAGGACCUGGUAGACUCCAAAGCUAUCAAUUUUGCGCCAUCACCAAAUGUUAAUGCUAAUCCCAUGCCGGUACAUGGUCAAGCGACGGUGAGUGCAAUUGCUGAAGAUGCAGAUUACACCUGUGCAGUGGGUGGAGAGACCAACAGUGACUGCAAGCUGGAUGGUUGGGUAAAACCGUGUGCACCAGGGCAGCAAAUCCUGAACUGGAGGGUUUGAAAGAUCAACAUUGUUACUCGUCUGGAAGAGUAUUAUUUCUUGUUUUCAGUUUAUUUGCAUGAAAGCCAUACGUGUUGCCCGACACGCAAUGGUCCAUUGUA